AUGAGUAACUCCACAAGAAACUCUGACAGUUUGAGCGUUAGGACAACGCAGAUUCUGAGCGAGGAGGCCUACACCAUCUUCACCAUAGUGGACGUGGUCAUCUUGUCCGAGAUCGUCUCCCUCUUCGGCAUGUUCACCAACAGCAUCACCAUCAUAGUGCUCGUCCGCCAGGGAUUUCGCAAGUCGAUCAACGUCAGCUUGGCGGGACUUGCUGUCUCGGAUUUUCUGUCCCUCGUCUCACUGGUGUGCCUCUGCGUGGGUAACAACCCAUGGCUGAUACAAGCAGACGUCUCUUUCGAUCCUAUUGGGGUUUUCUAUUUAACCACCGGCUGGCCUAACACAAUCUUCGCUCGAAUCACUGGCUGGAUAACCGCCUACAUAACAUUAGAAAGGUGUCUCUGUGUUGCCAUGCCUCUGAAGAUCAAACGCGUUCUCACACGCAACACCAGCUUACUAAUCCUGGUGAUCAUCUACAUUGGCGUCAUUGCCGGAGUUUGUCCUAUAUACUUUACCACUGGGCUGCACUGGAGGUAUGACGCCGCCAAGAACAGGUCCAUAAUAGGUCUUAACUUCAUCGGUGCCAACAGGGAGGACAUUAAGAGAGUCGCCCUGGCCAUCACCAAUGUAUUCUCCCCCUUCACCAGUUUCGGGCUGGUCAUUAUUUGCACCGCCAUUCUCGGCUUUAAACUGACGGAAAAGUCCAACUGGCGGAACAGCGUCACCAGAAUAGCCAGAAAGGUCAAAGGCAGCCCAGAAAAAACUGUAAGCAAAGAAAAGAUUAUCAGCCAAAAUGACGUGAAUCCCAAUAAUGAGAGGGCAAACUCUUGCAACGAAAACGGCAAUGCAGCGAAAGUAGUUUCCCCUGUUUCCAAGGACGCCAAAGUGAUCAAACUGGUAGUAGUCCUGUCAUCGAUCUACAUUAUUAGCUCCAUCCCAGCGGUUGUACAUUUCGUAUGGAUGAUCCUCGACCCUCAGUACACAGUGGUCGGCCUACAGAGCAACGUCCACAUCUCCGUGGCGGGAAUCACUUUCCUUUUUCAGGCUGCAAACUCCAGCGCCAAUUUGUUUACGUAUAUCUACAUGAGCUCGAGUUUUAGAAUAGAGUUCUACAAGCUUAGGCCGUUCAAGAAGUGCUCGCCUCAUAGUGCAGACGAUAAUAUGAAAUAA